GCCGCCGCCUGUUCUUCCCCUGAUAAACCUAUCUCUGGCUGCAGAAAGCGGCCCGUCUGGCUGGGCAGGAACCGGCUCUCGUCCUUCCGAGAAGGCGGACUGCAAGCGAGAACUACCAAGGAUGAGCCCAGCCCAAGAGAAUACUUCCUGCAGCAAGGAGCCCCUUGCCAAGUGCCUUCAGGCCAAGAAGGAUUUGGAGACGGCCAUCGCUGGCAUAGCCAGGGCAGAGCAACAAGUUAAAGACAACUGGAAAGAGGUCAAAGCCCAGAUCCAGAGCUGCAUCAGCCGCCACUUGGAGUGCCUGCGCAGCCGCGAAGUGUGGCUCCUUGAGCAGGUGGACCUCGUCCAGCAGCUGAAGGAGGAGGCCUUGCAGCAGCAGGCGCAGCAGCUCUUCUGGUUGUUGGGACAAUUCAACUGCCUCAUCCACCAGCUGGAACAGCCGCACAGCAACGACCUUGCGAAUCAGAUUUCAGUGUGCUUGGAGAGAUUGGGUAAAUUAACACUCCAACCGGAAGAAACCUCCGUCUUGAACUUUGAGGCUAACGUGGCCUUUCUUCGCCAGGCUAUUACAACUUUUGGCUCAAUUAAAACAAUGAUUUCUGACAAAGAAGACAUUGCCCCUUGGAUCUCUGUGCAGAACUCCCUUGUGAACGCCAAAGCCGAACAGCAGCAGAAGCCGGUGUGUGGUACGCUGGGGUACCCUCUCUCUGAGUGGCUUCUCGGAAGCAAACCCGACAGUGCCUGUCUUACUCCGUACGUUCCCAGCCGCAAGUCCGAGGACUGGCUUUUGAAAUCACAGAGGCCAGAGGCCAACCAGGAUUUAAAGUCUUCCAAAGCUUGUUACUUGGAGCAAGCAUGGGGAAACCUGAAAGACCUGGAGAACUGGCUCCUGCAGAACCAGCAGAGAGAGGUGCCCGAGAGAAGAGAUUCCCGUCAACGCAACAGUUCCACCUCUACCGUCAGCUCUUCCUUUUCCAUUGAAAAGAUAGAUGAACUGGAGUUCCUGGAGCAAGAAGAGAUGGAUCUUUCCGACUGGCUGCUUACUCCUUCUGAAUCAGAAACUGCGCAUGCUGUCUCGGAGGAGAAAUGGAAGCCCGUGUUCCAGCUUUUUAGGGAAGAAUACAACAUCAGCGAUUGGCUCAUCGGAGCUGACUCCUGCAAUAACUGCUGUGGCAACCAAGCCAAAGGUGUCGAGAUAGAAAACCUCGGGAAUCUGAAGUGCCUCAGCGACCACCUAGAGGUGAAGAAGCCGUCUGCCAUCAAUGCCUGGCUCCUGGAGCCCUCUUUCAGGGUACAAGACACCUGCCGGGCGAACGAGCCGUGCUCGAGCUUUUCCGAGUGCGUCUGCGAGGAAAACUGCGAGAAGGAAGCGCUGUGCCAAUGGCUUCUUAGGAAAGAAGGGAAGGAUAAAAACGGCAUGCCGGUAGGACAGUCCUCCAGCCCGACCACCGAAUCCGAGAGAAAUAAAAGCACUUACAACAUCUGGCUGCACCCUUCCCGACAACUGGCGGAAGAAGAGCUAGCCACUCCCACAGUGAAAGAAGACAACAGGCCCGUAGAGCCACUGAAAGAGUUGCUCGAAACGCCGUUGUCCCUUUGGCUGCUCAAGCCGGAGGUUGAAAUGUCGAGCACAGAGGAGAAAGCGAGCCAGGAGAAAGCGGAAGUGAGCGGGAAGAUCUCGUUGCUGGAGCUUCUGGCACCUUUCCACCCUCUGAAAGUAGAGAGUUGGGUGGUGUCUGCACGGAACACAGAAACUGCCAGCCAGCCACUAGCGGAAGAUAAAUGGCUGCUACGGAAGAAGGCACAUGACUAUGGCCUUCCUACGGUCUGUGAGUUUGCCUGCAUGAAGCUGAACGCAGAUAGAGAAAACUGGCUAUAUCAGACUCCUUUACAGAUGUGAGAAGCCUUGAAGCAUACCAAACUAGUCACUUUCUGCUGAUCAGCGCACAUCGAUACCCAGUGAUUGAAGUCUGCUGCAUUUGUGUGUGUGUGUGAGCGGUCUGUCUCUUCUGGACUUUGAACACCCACUUUAAAAGUUGUAUUGACUUUUAACUGAAGUAUGAUUGCAAGACAAGUGUUCUUUCCCCCCCCCCUGCUGUUUUUUGCCCAAGGAGUCAAUUCCUAUCACAUGCAAGCAACACUGUCCUUAUGUGUAUCCCAUGGGUUUAACGACGUGAAUAGCCUUCCUUGGCUUAUCACUUGGAUUCUCUUGCAGCUGUGGAAGUCAGCGCUGUGAGAUCUCUUCCUGAUAUUUGGAUGCUGCCUCUGAAACAACAUUCGUUUCCUGCCUCAAGGGGCUGGGGGGAGAGCCAUGUAUGAUUUAUUCCCGAAGUCGCCUCCGACUCUGCUGUUUCCUUCCCUGGGUGUCUUCUCCCAGCUGGAAGGGGUUUGAGAAAAGAGCGGCUCUCGUUGACGCUUCUCCAUUGUUGUAAAUGAUUGGAAUGUCUAGAUCUGGCUUUAAGGUCUCUCUGUGUCUUAUAUGAGAUUUAGAUUUCCAAGGUCUAUGUAUGGUGUACUAAUCAGUUGAAACAUUCUAAGGUUCUUGGCUAAGCCAGGGGAUGAGGAAAACGAAGAGCGCGCAUUUGACAAGCAGUACAUAAAGGAUCUCUUAGAAGCUUUGGUGCCAUUAUGUCAGAUGCUGAUGAAUUUUUUGUUUAGUAUAUAACCUUGAUGUGGGAGGGUUUUUUUAAAAAGUGAACUAUGAAGUAGAUGAAAGCCGUCUAGCGUAUACCGAUGCUGUAAUGCACACAGCCCAAGUACAAAGUGUUAACUUUGCCAUUCAGUAAAAAAAGUUGUAUAAAUUUAAGCAUUUAUCAGAUGAAUUACAGAAUUUUGACACGUUUAGAGUAAAGGACUUCCAAGGCCCGGAAGGGAUGCCCUGAUCUAGCACUGAAUCUGAAUACCACUUGCCUUGUCUUACUGGGUGGAUAAUGAACCUGGUUAAAAUCGGCACUGAUUUAACGUUCUUGUCUAGCAGAAAUGCUUUUUGCCCUGAAUUGCUAAAAAGUUACACAAGAUCUAUUCAGCAUCUAGAAGUUUUUAAAGGAUGUUUUUUUAAAAAAACUUGAUAAUAAAUGGCUCAGAUCUUGAAUACAGCAUACUACUCAGCUAUUAUAAAAUCAGAAGGACUGAAAUGCACCCUUAUUCUAAAAAGUUAAUGAUAUGUGAACUAAAUCUUAUGAGCCCUAAAAACUUCCUUCACCCUUACUCCUAAUAUUUGUUACCACUAAGCCUUUUUUUUCCUCAUUAAACCAUUGCUGUGAACUUAA